CAAAGGGAAGUCAACGCUUACAGUGACACUUAAGUUCUUGCACAACCACCUGCAGCUGCCACUCUAAACUGCACUUGAGCUGAGAGCAAUGAAUCCUGAAGGUCAACCAGCCGAGGCUGUCCCAUUGCAGGUGGGGAGGAAUGACGGGCCCCCUGGACAACCUGGGACAUCUGCAGUGGUUAAGUACACCACUGUGAACAUCCCCACGGAGCCCCCUCCAGACCACAUCAUCUGGUCCCUCUGCUGCUUUGCCCACUGCAACCUGUGCUGCCUCGGACUGGCUGCUCUCAUCUAUUCUUUCAAAGCCAGAGACAAGAAGGUGGCUGGAGACCUGGCGGGUGCCCAAAGCUACGGCUCCACUGCUCGCUGCCUCAACAUCUGGUCCACAGUCCUGGCUUGCACCAUGAUCUUUAUUUUCAUUAUUUUACUCUCCAGGUCAGAUGUAAUGUACAGAACCGUGUACUAUUACCGUUAUUAG